GCUUUCUGGGGAAUUUGGCACCCACUGUACCUGGAACCCAGACACCCCGGAAGGUGGCUUGUCCCAUGGCAUGAACCAGAGAUGCUGUGGAUGCUGCUGCCCUUGCUGUGGGGAGGGUCCCUGGCUCUGUAUUCAGCAUACCAGCUGGAGUUCCAGGAAUCUGUGACAGUACAGGAGGGCCUGUGCAUCCUUGUGCCAUGCAAAAUAUCCCACCCCUGGUCUUCCUAUGGAAUUCGCCACAUGUUUUGGUUCCGGAAAGGAGCAGACAUAAAUCGUGAUCCUCCAGUGGCCACAAACAAACCAGGACAGAAGCUGCAGAAAAGUACCCAGGGCCGGUUCCAUCUCCUUGGAGACCCCAACACUGACUGCUCCCUGAGCAUCCAAGAUGCCAACAGGCAGGACAGCGGGACAUACUUCUUCCGAGUAGAGAGAGACUGGUAUUGGAAACGGCCAUAUGAGGAUCAGAUGCUCUCCCUGAAUGUGACAGCCCUGACCCAGACACCCGACAUCCAGAUCCCGGGGACCCUGGAGUCCGGCUGCCCCAGCAGCCUGACCUGCACUGUGCCUUGGGCCUGUGAGCGGGGGACGCCCCCCACCUUCUCCUGGACGUCAGCCACCCUCUCCUCCCUGGGCCCCAGCACCUGCCUCUCCCCGGUGUUCACCCUCACCCCACGGCCCCAGGACCACGGCACCAGCCUCACCUGCCAGGUGACCUUGCCUGGAGCUGGGGUGACCGUGGAGAGAACCGUCCAGCUCAACGUCUCCUAUGCUCCGCAGAAUGCAGCCAUCAGCGUCUUCCAAGGAAACAGCACAGCCCUCAAGAUCCUGCGAGACGCCUCGUCCCUUCCCGUGCUGGGGGGCCAGGCUCUGCGCCUGCUCUGCGAAGCUGACAGCAACCCCCCUGCGCAGCUGAGCUGGUUCCGGGGGUCCCCAGCCCUGAACGCCCCCCCCAUCUCCAACUCCGGGGUCCUGGAGCUGCCUCGAGUAGGGAUGGAUGAGGAAGGAGAGUUCACCUGCUGCGUUCAGCACCCACUGGGCUCCUUGCACGUCUCGCUCAGCCUCUCUGUGCUCUGGAAACGAGACCCCAGGGCAGGCGAGGCUCUGGGCGCGGUCUGGGGCGCCAGCGGGAUGGCGCUGCUUGCUCUCUGCCUUUGCCUCGUCUUCAGGAUGAAGACCUGCAGGAAGAGAGCGGCUUGGCUCGUGGCAGGCAUGAGGGACGUGAGCCCCGUCGGGAGUCCUGACCCCUCGGGGACCCAGCUCCGGUUCUGGAGAGGCACCCCCUCAGACCACGCGGCCCCUGUCGGGGCUGGCCCCACCCCAGGAGAGGGACAGGAGCUCCACUACGCUUUCCUCAGAUUCCACAAGCCGAAGCCUCAGGCACAGGACGUCACUGAGUACACAGAGAUCAAGACACACAAGUGAGAAAUUACCCAAAGCCACAGCCUUGACUGAAGAGUACAUGGUCUUUCCCAGGGUCUGAGUCCUUAAAAAUCAAUGUCCUUCUUGGCAAUGGAUGUAUGAACCCGAUGGCUUACAUGGAAAACCACAGGAUUUGUGACCAAGAGAACUGAGUUCAAAUCCAUCUAUGCCAGGUAUGAAGCAAAUCACUUCAUCUUGCUGUGAGGCUCUGUGCCUCACUUUACUGGUCUGUAAAUAAGCCUGUCUAAACAGGUCUCUGUGAAGGAUCAAUGAAAGAUGACGUAUAAGACAGCUAUCAAAAGUCCUGACACAAAGUGUGUCUUUAGUGAAUGCUAGGUUCUUCUGCCUCGAAUAGAAAGCUUCUGCUGACAGUUUCUCCUAAGGCUUGUACGUUCCAGUCUCAGAGGCCACGGCACCAGCUGUGUCAUGUCCUGCUCAAAACUCUUCCAUGACUUCCCCGAAUAAAGCUAAUGCCCUUCCUCUUUCUUUUCAAGGCUCUACGAGACCUUGGACCAUGCAAACAUCUCCAACUUCAUUUCUCACCACUCACCUAUAUUCCAUAUCCACUCCAACAACAGCCUCUUAGAUCUCCUUGCCUCCAUUUCUUCCAUGAAACUAAAUAAAACCGGUGAAAACCAACUACCAAGGGAAUUUCUUGAGAGUAGCCAGGAGAAAGACCGGGUACAUUUAAAGGCUACAGUUAGACUGAUGACUGGUUUUUCAGGAGCUAUAUUAGAAGCCUGAAUACCACGGAAUGGUGUCUUUGAUAUCCAGAAAGAAGUAAGUUAGUUUAGAAAUCAUACUCAAUGGAAACAGUUUUAUACUGAAGGCAAAAUAAAGAUAUUUUAAUACAAACAAAAAAUGUGAAAUUUUAUAACCAAGAGACUCCUAAAAGGAAAUUCUAAAGUAUAUAAUUCAGGCAUUAGGCACAUGAUCCUAAAAGGAAACCCUGAGAGGCAAAAAGGAAUGAAAACCUAAGAAAUUGUCAAACAUGCAAGCAAAAGAAAACAAACAUUCAUUGUAAAAAGAAACAAUGAUCUGUAGAUGGUGAAUAUAAGAAAUAGUUUUGAAAUAACAGACUACUAUAACAUAUAAUUUAGGAGAGUGCAAAUUCAAUUUACAUCUCUGAAGUCUUUAUACUAUUCAGGAGAAGAUUAAAUGUUAAGAUAAAAUUUAGGUUUUGAUAUUUUAAUGUUGUAAUCUCAAGCAGAUUUACUAAAAGAAUUGAAACCAAGUUCAUCGUCUCCAAAAUGGAAGUAUUAAAGCUGUUGGAAAUAUUACUUGAUCUUGCCUACAAUUGAGUGAUCACAUCUCCACAGAAACAUCCAAUGAAAAGUCUCCAACCCAAUCAACACCAAUAUGUUUCCUGCCCACACAAGACUUCAUCAAAGAUUAUGGCAUUUUGGGGGACAUAAUACAUCCAAACCAGCACACAGAUUAUCUAGGAUAAUCGUCCUUACUUAAAGUAAACUGAUUGUAGACUUUAACCAUGUUUACAAAAUUCCUUCAGAGCAACACCUAGAUUAAUAUUAUUAUUGACACAUAAAACUGUCCCUCAUAAGUUUAUUAAUAUAAAAAAUACAUACUUUGUACAACAAAUACAGAUAAAU